AUGCCCGAUGCAGACGACGAGCUCAGCCAGCGCGACUUCUACUUCAACGAGCAGCGCGCAAGCCUGCGGUCCGACACCUCCCCACGCUCUUCCAACGCCCGCCCGCGCUCAAGACACCAGAGCCUGCUGUCCCAGAGAGCGAGUCUGCCACUGCCACGGACCGCAGAGGACUUGCAUCUUCAUGCGCAUCGUGCGGAUAGCGACACGCUGCCCUCGCCGCCGGGGAGUCCCUCGCCUGCGCCUGCGCCUGCGCCUGCGCCUGCGAGUCGGGAGCAGGAGAAGAGAAAGAGCAAGGAAUUGUACACGGGCAGAGAUUCAGCCACGUCCUGGUGCAAAUCACGCACACGCGCCACGUCAAAGGGGAGAAAUGCCGAACAUGGGCUGGUAGCAGCACCCUGGGACAACCAAGACUUCCUGGCCUCUCCACCACCAGAAGCCCCAGGACGGCCGGCCGACAGAGACGACUGCUGGCCCACACGACCCGACAACGACGAGAGCAGCAGAAGCAACCUGCCACCGACUGCGCCACGCACACCGACCAAGCAGCGCUCACCACCGCCCUCAGGCUUCAGCCGCUCCAAUCCCAGCAACUCGCCGCAAUCUCAAAACAACAUCACCGCCCUGCCCAGCAUGACGUCCAGCGCAAAGAAGCAGCUCAACGGGGCCGACAGGUACCAUCAGUCGUGGGAGACGUCGACAGCCAAGCGCAUGGCCAGGUGUCUGACCAAGGUCUACACCAUCUCCUUCCUCGUCUUCUUCGCCAUCUGGGGCACACUCGCGCGCCUGGGUCUGCAAGCCCUGACAUCCUAUCCCGGCGCGCCCCUCAUCUUCUCCGAGCUGUGGGCCAACGUCGCCGGGAGCUUCGUCAUGGGCUUUCUGUCCGAGGACACCCAGCUUUUCAGAGAGGAGUGGGGGAGCACGAGUCGCGGCGUCGACACCGCGCAGCCUGAAGAGGAGCCUGCCGGCGGCCACCGCGAUCUGGAGAAGCAGCGCGACAGAGCAAGUCACAGCAAAGUCAAGAAGACGAUUCCGCUGUACGUCGGCCUGACGACUGGCUUCUGUGGCAGCUUUACCAGCUUUUCGAGUUUUGUCAGAGACGUCUUCCUGGGCAUGAGCAACGACUUGCCCGCGCCCGCGUACCAUCCGACCUCGAGCCCGACGACGCUCGUCCACCGCGACGCUGGAUACUCGGUCAUGGCCCUCCUGGCCGUCGUCUUCAUCACCGUCGCGCUAUGCUACUGCGCGCUGAGAAUGGGCGCGCAUCUAGCCGUGUACCUGGAUCCAAUGACGCCCACGCUGCCCUUCCGCUUCACGCGCCGUGUAGUCGACCCAUUGUUCGUCUUCCUCGGCAUCGGAUCCUGGGUCGGCGCAGUAGCCAUGGCUGCGCUCCCCCCGCACAACACAUGGCGCGGACAAGCUCUCUUCGCCUGCGUCUUCGCCCCGCUCGGCUGCCUGGCUCGCUACUACAUCUCGCAGCUCCUCAACGCCAAAAUACCGUCUUUCCCGCUCGGCACCUUUGCGUGCAACCUGCUCGGCACAGCAGUGCUGGGCAUGGCGUACGACCUGCAGCGCGUGGCGAUUGGCGGCGUGGCAGGCGGCAGCGUCGUCGGCUGCCAGGUGCUGCAGGGCAUCCAAGACGGCUUCUGCGGCGCCCUGACCACGGUCUCGACGUGGAUGCUCGAGCUCGACACCCUGCGCAGGACCCACGCGUACGUGUACGGCACCAGCAGUGUUGUUGCGGGGCUGAGCAUCACGACGGUCAUCAUGGGCAGUGUGCGGUGGAGCAUCGGAUGGGAGGCUGUUGCGUGCGCGGCGUGA